GCAACAAGAAUCGAAAAUAUUAGUAGUUUAAUCGAAAAGGCAGUGAUUGAAAGCAGAACUAAUUCUAAUUAUUUACAGAUUAUACAAGGGACGGAAAGCUGUCAUGUCUGUAAGGUGUUAGUGAUUAGUGAUGAUAAGUCUGUUUCAUCGUUAAAAAUGGUAUCAUUAAUAAAAAAUCAAAUUUUAAAACAUCUAUCAAGGUACACCAAGAAUCUAUCGGCAGAUAAAAUCAAUCUCAGCACAUUCAAGGGAGAGGGGGAACUCAGUUCACUAGAGCCGGAUGAGAUUGUAAAUUCAGUUGAAUAAGUUUGUGUAUGUUAUAGGUACACCAAGAAUCUAUCGGCAGAUAAAAUCAAUCUCAGCACAUUCAAGGGAGAGGGGGAACUCAGUUCACUAGAGCUGGAUGAGAUUGUGUUGACAGAUCUGCUAGAGCUACCAUCAUGGCUGCGGCUUACCAGCGCAUGGUGCAACAAGGUUACCUUCAGGAUACAGUGGACCAAGCUCAAAACUGUUCCUAUACACCUUUCUUUAGAUGAAGUACAAAUAAAUGUUGAGACUUGUGAGGAACUGCGUUCAAUGUCUUCGCACCAGUCAUUGGCAUCAUUGGGAACCGCCACGAAGUAUAACUUCAUCAACAAGGUGAUAGAUGGCAUGACCAUCUGUGUCAACAUGGUCAACGUCAAGUUCAGAAGCCCUGCCUUCACAGCCACAGUCCAGAUCCUGAGGAUAGUGGUGCAGUCGAAGACGCCGGACUGGAAGGUGGUCGGGGACUUGAGACUGACCAAGCUCAAAGAGCCCAAGAAAGGUCAGAUCUUGAUAUUCAAGGAACUGGAGUGGCAGACUGUCAGGAUAGAAGCCAGCUCCACCAAGGACCGCGACCUGCCACCUCUACGACUGCUUACCAAUUGCACAAGGUGCCGAAUAACCAUCAAGAAACGUCUCUCAGAUUGUUUUGUGAUGGGUUGUCGUUUGGCGCUACUGCUGGACGACCUGUUAUGGGUCCUGACGGACUCUCAGCUCAAGGCUGCUCUUUGCUUCAUAGACUCCCUCUCCGGUCUCAUCAAGAAAGACACUGAAGUCACACGGACCAAGAAAGCUGCCCGCAAACUGGAGGUGCUUCCUGAAUAUCAGGCGCAGCUGGCACAACAAGCCAGGGUGGCAGAGGCCCGAGACACCAUGUCGGACAUCUUCGCCCGCUACGACUUCAUAGAGACCUCAUACCACUUCUUCUGCCAGAAAAUAGAUCUCCAUCUGAGCGAUGACCCUGGGCCUGGAAGGUCGUGCCACCCGGAUCUGAAGGUCGGAGGAGCGUUCCAGAUCAACCUGCACUGUUUCCAGGUGGACUACUACCCGUACCACCUGGCCUCCGGUGACAGACACCACUGGGCCAAGUACAAAGAGGGCAGCUCACCGCACACCCAGUGGCUCACGCAAGCACACGCCGUGUUCCGCAACACCCUCCUCCAGCUAAUAGAGUCGCACAGCACCCACAGUCCGCUGUCCAGAGACUCGCAGGUCAGUCGAACUGGUGACAGCAAUUGAAUUGAAUUGAAAAUAACUUUAUUUAUAAAGUAUACAGUGGUAUACAUUGAAUGGCGUCAUUAGAAAAAACUUAAAAGCUAAAAUAACUUAUUAUAUAUACAGUAUUGAUAAAAUAUAUGAUAAAAGAACUAAGUUAAUUAUAGUUCAGCUAACCCAUACAAUGGUUUCUCUGUUAAAUACAAUUUUAGCCCUUUUUUAAAUUCUUUAAAGUUGUCAAUGCCUCUCAAUUCCACAGGAAGCCUUGAUAAAAAUUUUGCACCUGCACUUGAUGUUUUUUUUGUUGAAAAAUUCAAGCCUAUGGGAGUCAAUGGCAAUUUCGUUUCUAUGUCUGGUAAAAUAUGUAUGUCUGUCACCUAGUCUAGGAAUUAAACUAUUAUUACAUAAUUGUUUUACAUGUAGUGUGGUAUGAAACACAUAAAGGCUGUAGACAGUCAUAAUGCCCAAGUGAGAAAAAUGUUCGCGAACUGAAACGUCAAAAUUUAGAUUCAACAUGGUUCGUAUAGCUCUUUUCUGAAGAAGAAAAAUUCUAUCUAAGUUCUGCUUUGAUGUACCACCAUAAAUAGCAAUACCAAAAGCGACAGAUGAUUCGACCAGUGCAUAAUAGAGUGCCUUUAAUGUAUUAAUUGAACAAAAUUUGGACAUUCGGUAAAUAGCAUAUAUUCCUGAACUAACUUUACUUACUACAUGGUCAAUGUGGAGAUUCCAUGUCAAGUUUUCGUCUACAAUUAGACCUAAAAAUUUUGUGGAAGUUACUUUUUUCAAAACUUUAUUAUUGAUAUUUAUAACUGGAUCAAUGGGUUGUUUACUUUUCCCUUGUUGAGAACAUGAUAAAAUUGGUUUUACUUGCAUUUAAUAAUAAAUUAUGGUUACUUAAAUAAUUGUUCAUACCUGUUAGACUUAAUAUUGAAUUAUUUUCUAAAUUAUUUAAUGAUUUUUCACUAAUCUUUAAACUAGCAUCAUCUGCGUAGAGGCACAAAUUUUUUGAUGGACCACCAGGAAAUGAAAGUGGUAGACCUUUUAACAGUGGUAGCAAGAACCGAUGUGUCACUUAAGUCACUAUGCGUAAAUGUAAAGAUAUUGGGGUGAACGGGUUGAAUGGUAUGUCAAGUUAAUUGUGAAGGAUGACUGGUGGAGUGGCCGGGCCUCUGCUUUCAAAAUGUUCUUUAUGCACUUUUUUAUAAUCUCUUUUGUUUAAGGGUAGUUUAAGAGUUUGUUUUUGUUUUCUUGUAUGAAAGCAUUAACUUUGUUAAUGAUGUAUAUA